AAACUGCAACAUACCACAUGUUGUUGGAAGCCAUAUAAGAUGGAGUCAGUGUCGGCGAAUGUCACUUUGGUCUGCAGGCAACGCGUUGGACCUCGCGGGUAGGUUUCUCACCUAGCGCAAACGAGUUGCAGGCAUCGGAGGUCGGGAUAAUGCAGCAAGUAAUCGCAACCUUCCUGCUUCUGAGCGUCUUCCUUAUCACAGCGCCUGCUUACAAACUUCCUGAAGAUGAUUUCACCGUGGAAGCCGCAUUUGGUGUCAGUUCCAGGGAGGCUGCCGAGGAAGCCAUCUUAGUAGGGCACAUUCUGCGCAUCGCUGCAAGUGAGCUUGAGAAGGACGAUACUGAAGACAACGAGGUUGACGAGUACUCCUUCAGAACCUUCUGGGCAAAGCUGAAAGAGGCAGUAAGGAAGGGUGCUGAAAAGGCCGCCGUUUUUUUCUAUGACUUGGGAAAGGAAGUGAAAAGCUCCGUAAAAGAAGUAGUCAAAGCAGCUGCGGAUGCGGCAGUCGAGGUAGCGAAAGAGAAAGCCAAGGAAAAGGCUGUUCUCAUCGUAACAAAAAUCAUGGACAAGAUCGCUUCCCAAGCGGACUCGUCAGAGCUCCAGAGCAACGGCGACUUUAUCAAGCAUUUGAGCAAGGCUCUUGAGCAAGUUGGGCGAUCGCUGAUCGGGCAAGGCUCAGAAAUUCUGAGACAAUAAAGUCAACUUCAGUAUUUCUGAACGGGGUGCAAGUUGUGACAUACUUUUAAAGCUAAGAAGAAGUGCCCCUUUUGUGUACAGAGUGUUUCAAGAA